GAGAGACAGAGAAGAGCAGAAAGAGUCAUGAGGCCUACAUUGUUCCUGAGAAGGAUAUGUGUAUGAAUGGAUGACAGGGAGACCAGGAGAGACAUGCGAUGGAUUCGUGGGAAGAUGAUCAGGCUGAGCAGCGCUCCUGUCUCAUUUGUGGAGACCGCGCAACAGGACUGCACUAUGGUAUUAUUUCCUGUGAGGGCUGCAAGGGCUUCUUCAAACGCAGCAUCUGCAACAAACGAGUCUACCGAUGCAGCCGUGAUAAAAACUGCGAGAUGUCGCGCAAACAACGCAACCGCUGCCAGUACUGCAGGCUUCUCAAGUGCCUGCAGAUGGGAAUGAACCGCAAAGCAAUCAGAGAGGAUGGCAUGCCAGGCGGACGAAACAAAAGCAUCGGUCCCGUACAGAUUUCCGAUGAGGAAAUUGAAAGGAUUAUGUCCGGACAGGAGUUUAAAGAUGAAGCUAACAUGCCAGAACACACAUGGGGAAACAACGGUGACAGUGACCACAGUUCCCCUGGCAAUGGUGUCUCUGAUGGGAACCAGCCCUCUCCUGUCUCCACACUUUCAUCCAAUCGCUCUGUAGAGCUGAAUGGCUACACGGCUGCUUUGAGGGAACAGUACAUUGGCAAUGCUAUGGCUCAGCAUUUCCAGUUCCUGCCCCAUCUGUUUGGAUACGCCGCCCAGCCACGGAGUCUGUACCCUCAGAGUCAUACCCUCAUCAGCCAGCUGGUGGCAGCAGAGGAGCUGGCCCCUCUUGGCACGCCCAUGCUCAUCGAGGAAGGGUAUCGGGUAACUCAGGUGGAGCUCUUUGCUCUGUUGUGUCGGCUGGCGGAUGAGCUGCUCUUCAGACAGAUCUCCUGGAUCAAGAAGCUUCCUUUUUUCUGUGAGCUGUCCAUUGAGGACUACACACGGCUCCUGAGCUCUACCUGGCAGGAGCUCAUCCUUCUGGCCUGUCUGACGGUCUACAGUGCACAGGUCCUAGGUGAUCUCGCCAACGUUACUGACAAAUACACUCCGUCAGAUGACGAGCUGCAGAGUUUCAGUGAGGAUGGCAUGGAGGUGAUGGAGAAGCUGAUCUAUUUGUUCCGUAAAUUCCAUCAGAUGAAGGUCAGCAAUGAGGAGUAUGCCUGCAUGAAGGCCAUCAACUUCCUCAACCAAGAUAUUCGUGGUCUGACUAAUAUGACCCAGUUGGAGCAGCUGAACAAGCGUUACUGGUACGUUUGUCAGGACUACACGGAGUAUAAGUACCCUCACCAGCCCAAACGCUUUCCAGAGAUCAUGAUGUGUCUGCCAGAAAUACGCUGCAUUGCAGGGAAGCUGGUCAAUAUUCCUUUGGAGCAGCUCCCCCUGCUGUUUAAGGCAGUAUUGCACUCCUGUAAGUCCAGUCUGAACAACUACAGGACAGGCUCCUCCCCCUUUGUGAGUGCAAAGGGUACCGCCCCUGCCAACUAGCCCCGCCCCUUGACAACACCCUCCCCAUCUAUUGCACGGGGGCGGGGUGUUAUUUGGGGUGGGACGCCUGGUGCCUGACUCCUCCUCUCAUGAAUGUGACAAGAAACUACAGUAUUUUAUACAUUUAGUUUAGUUUAGUUUUGAUUUUCUCUCUAUUUAUU